GUGAUCUGCACACUUCAUCAAAAGUACCCGGCAGGAUGCUAAGCCGCCCAGCUUACGUGCUGGAACCGUCUAUCUGCCUUGUGAUGACGGCAAAGAUAACGACCAGAUUCGACCGGAGACCGUCAGCUGCCUAGUCAGUAAUCGGCAAGACAAACCCCGCACUCUGUCUCAUCUUUUAGCCAUCUUGACGACUUAACAUAAGACGUUGAAACCACCCACUCCGCGUCGGUUGAAACAAACUCGACCACUUACCCAGAAUGGCGCCGCGAACUCGUGAAGAGCUUCUGGCUUACGGGGUGCCCGAUCCCCUUUUUGAGGCCGAGCUUGCGGCCAACCCGUUGCGAGACCCCCAACCAAGCGACCCGUACUACGGCCGGAACGACCUCGCCGCGAAGCGGGAGCACCGGGCCACGCGUCUACGCGAGUUUCGCCACCUGCGCUACCUCCCGGGACCCAUCCCGGACCAGGUCCGCGAGGAGGACCGCAAGAUCCCCGCCAGAGAUGGCCACGAGCUAACCAUCCGGGUCUACACCCCUGUGGGCGCCCCUCCGCCAGAGGGAGGGCGCCCGCUCGUUGUCAUGUACCACGAGGGCGGCUGGUGGUCGGGCGAUCUCUCGGACGAGGAGGUGAACUGCCGGCUCUUCAGUCGCGACCUGGGGGCGGUCUGCGUCAACAUCGACUAUCGCCUUGCGCCCGAGUUCGCCUUCCCGACAUUCAUCAACGAUUGUUGGGACGCUCUGCAAUGGGUCGCUGGGAACGCCUCGAGCCUGGGCGCGAACCCUUCCCGUGGCUUCAUCAUCGGCGGCGGCUCGGCGGGCGGCAACAUCGCCGCCGUUCUUGCUCACCUCGCCCGCGACAACGAGCUCUCCCCACCCCUGACCGGGCAGUACCUCUGCGUGCCAGCCAUCAUGUGUCUGCUGCCCCCGGAGGCCAUCCCGGAACAGUACCGUUUCGAGUACCUCAGCCAUCCCUCAGUCAUCCCCUCCAAGGACCCCGUCUCGGGCGCCCUUGCGAGCGACGGAGGCGCCGCCUUGCAGAGCAUCGUGCAGCCGGACAUGCAGAGCCCGCUCUUCGUACCCUUCCGGUUCGGGAUGUUCGGGCAGGGGCACAAGGGCCUACCGCCCGCCUACAUCCAGGUGGCAGGGCUAGAUCCUUUACGGGACGAGGGCCUCAUCUACGAGCGCUUGUUGAGAGAAGAGGCGGGCGUCGCGACCAAGCUGGACAUCUACCCCGGCCUCCCGCAUUACUUUUGGACAAACUUCCCGCGGCUCGAGAAGAGCAGGCAGUUCGUGGAAAACUCUGUGCAAGGUGUCCGUUGGCUGUUGGAGCAGAAGUAGGGCCGAUGAGAACAUCACGUGUUGAGACACUACAGACGUCAAUUUCAGAUAUGAUAUGCAUACGCACAUCCACGAUUC